AUGGGGAGUGAAGACGUUCUUUGGAGUGCACACCAUGGCGGCGGUGACCGUCAUGUUUCCUUUUUGGCGCUUCUGUGGGUCGUGGAGAAACUGGUGCUGUGGGCACGUUUGUUGUUUACUGUGCGUGCGCUGGUCACAGUGGUGCAAGCCAAGGUCGCCCAAAGGAAAGGACAUUGCAGGGUUUAUGGUAAUGAAGCGAAUGAUGUUUGGUGUGCCUCUAAAAUCUCCACAGAUCAUCACGCACCAUCGCAAAAGAGCUUGCAGGGUAGCCCUUGCAGUUCAUUCCAGUUCUUUUCAGCAAAGCAUUAG